CAUAGAGUGUGGUUGUUGUUUUUAACAGCAGAUGUCAAUUAAAUUGAACAUUGACAUGAGUCGUUUUACCGAGGAAGCGAUCAGAAGCGCCGUGAAAAUAAUCGGAUCCGCGCCUCUCUGGCUGCAGACACAGGGGGAAUCUUCCCUCUUUCGUAGAAGAGUUGUGAUAUUAAAAUGAAAGAAGGUGGAGCUUCUUCGCGUCCUUCCGACGCAGGUUCCCUCGGAAGAUGAAGCAGCUGCUGGAUGGUUGUCAGAUCGCUGCGCACUCGGGAUGGUCCGCUCACUCUGACCCAGCUCUCCUCAGACGCCGAAGAUGUCGUAUUCUCUGGGAGUCCACCUGCAAGUUGUGCUGGCUGUGGGUCUGGCUGUGUUCUGCUACUGUCUGGUUCUUGGCUGCAUCCUUUGCUGUCGCAAACAGAAAAGCCUUUCCUCUGAAGACAAAGAAGCAGCUGUUCUGUCCCUUCAACCCACUGAGAGUGUGACUGUGACAUUAAGUCACUCUCCGUGUACUCAGCCUGUCAAACAGCAGUAUGAAGAGCUGGAUGGUAAUGUGUUGGAGUGCCCUUCUUCUAAAAGUAGCUCUUCUCCAUCUGAAGAUGAUCUCAACACUCUCCCAUUCAACAACAACCCUUCUAGAGCAGCUGAGCUGGCGCAGUCUUCCAGAGCUACUUUCCCAAUGCGGCGCCUUAGUACUUCUGCUCUGCCCUGCUCUCCCAGUAAAGCUGCUAGUCAUGGCAGGGCUUCCUUGCCCUCCCUCACCAAGCUCAGCUUUGUAUCCAAAUCCUGCCGGGUGAUAGGCAGACGCAGAACUGUUAGUGGAGAAAGUUUUGCUCUCAGUGAGAGCAGUCGGCUUACAGCAGGUGCUCCCAGCGUUAACAGCCAGCAGGGGGAGCUAAGUCACCCUCAGUAUGGCUCCAACUCCAACUCUGCCUCACCCAAACCAGCUCCUCUUCUGCACUUCUCCAUGCUCUUUAGCUCUAGCUCUGGCACCUUGGUGGUCAACAUCCUGGGGCUUUCUGGGGACACUAGAAGACGCAGUGGGGUAUUUGUUCGCGCCAGCCUCCCUCCACUUCACCCCUCGCUCCAGCAGACAGCCUCACGCCGGCGCAGCCUUUGCCCAGACCUCGUCAGCCAGAGCUUUGUGCUGCAGGUGGGCUCUGUGGAGGAGCUCUGCACCUGUACCCUGAGGCUGGCUGUCUACAGCAGGGACUUCUCUGGGCUGAGAGAGGCCACUCUGGGGGAAGUGGAGUUACCCUGUGAGGAGAUUGAGUGGGAGCCUGACUCCAAGACUACCUACACCAAGCAGCUCAUCCCAAGCAAAAUCAAGCUGAAAAAGAGUUUCAGUUCUCAGGAGACUCUGGGAUGCAGGAAGAGCUCAAUCUGCGUGCCACGGACUUUAGGCCAACUGUUCAUCUUGCUGCAGUACCAGACCCUGGCUCAGCGAAUCAAAGUGAUGGUUCGAAAGGCUGAAAAUUUGGUCAAGCUGACACGAAUCCCAGGAACUCCAGAUCACUAUGUUGUCAUCAACUUACAUCAGGAUGGUAAAAUAAUUGACACAAAGGAGACCAAAGUGGCCAGUGGACCAAACCCCAUCUGGAAUGCUCCCUUCCUGUUUGACCUUCCACCUGGUGACAUCACCCAGCUGCCACUGGCUCUCGAAUUCAUCGUGAUGCAGGGUCGUCUCUACACUAAGAACAGUAUUCUGGGGCGCGUACUGAUUGGCGGCAAUGCUUCAGAUGUAGGACAGGAGCACUGGAGGGAAAUCUGCGGUCCAGGACAAACGGAAACCACCCGCUGGCACGCCAUCCAGUCAGAUGCAGUGUAGGACUAACUAUAUGUAAAAUGUAGGUGGAGUAGGAUCACAUUUAUCUAUGGGACUAUAGAAGGUGAAACACUGAUCACACUUGGGUGGUAGGAAUGAUGUGUAACAAGUUUGUCUAAUAUAGCAGUCAUCUCACCCCAUCACAUUACUUCACUGUGAUUAAUACUGUAGCAUUGUAACAACUUGGAUGUACUGUGAAACUUAUACUAAUGUUGUAGAACUGUUUAUUUUGUGCCAAGAAACUACAGAUUUCAAAGCUUGCUGGAUAAAAAGGCUAACAUGCAUGUGUGUAUUUUAUAUCUUUGACAGUGUGUGACUUCUUUCUUUCAUCUGUAACUGUACUAAUGCCCCUCUUUCACACUCGUAUAUCUAUUAUUCUGUACAGAGCUGUUAAAAUUUCAUUAAUAUGGUUGGGAUGCCUGCUAAUUCUUCAUCACUUUAUUCUUUACCUGGGGAAAAUAAAUAAAUAAAUAAAUAAAAUUCCACUUUAUUUGGAUUUCUUAGCACACAAAGUUAGAACUGCCAGGUUGCAGACAAUCCUUUUAAUCUUAAAGAUAAAUGUUGCUUGCAGUAACACUUGAAUAGGUCCACUUCAUAAUAAAGUAGAGCAGCUCUAAGAUCCCCAGGACAUCCAUAACCAUUCAAACUUGGUUACAUUGUGGCAAAUUUGUAAAACCUUAUUACAUGAGAACAAAGUGUUAGGAUUUUCAUCACACAGCUUAUCAGCAACAUGCUGGUCAGGAGGAUUUCUGUGCAGACUACUAUUCUGCACAAUGAUUUUAAUCUGUCAGAAGACACUGCAUAUGAGAAGGAAUAACGAACUACCAGUAUGUCAUCUCAGAAGAUGUGUGCAUUUAGGAAACUUUUAUUUUCCAUAAUCUGGAGGGAUCAUCCACAUUUUGAUUAUUUUUUUAAUGGGAUUGCAAGAAACCUCGAACUGUUAGGGUCCUAAAAGGUUUUGAUAAUGGGAAUAAUUAAAGAUACAUUAUUACACAUUAUAUAGAGAUCUCUACUCUGCACAUAUCUACAGGUUAAAUAUUUUACAUUGAAGAAAGGCUCACUGAAAGCCAAAAUGUCUAUCAUUGAUUGGAUUUAUUUCUAAAAUAUGAACAGCAAAAA